AUGGCGGACUGGAGUCCAACAUCCUGGACGUCGAAGCCAAUCAAGCAAGAUGUGACCUAUGAUGACCCCGCAGAAGUAGAGGCAGCGCUGUCCAAGCUCCGAAAACUCCCACCUCUGGUGACUCCGCAUGAAAUUGUGGACUUGAAGAAGAGACUACGAAAUGUCGCGCUCGGGAAAGCUUUUGUUUUGCAGGGUGGCGACUGCGCUGAGCUCUUCGACUACUGUAAUCAAGACAUGAUAGAGGCAAAAGUUAAGCUCCUUUUGCAAAUGAGUUUGAUUCUGAUCUGGGGAGCCAACAAACCGGUCGUCCGGAUUGCUCGUAUAGCAGGCCAAUUCGCCAAACCUCGAUCCAGCCCCAACGAAACCAUCAAUGGCACCACCAUGCCAUCCUUCCGCGGCGACAACAUCAACGGCUUCGACGCAACCCCCGAGGCUCGCAAACCAGACCCAUCACGCCUUGUAUCUGCGUACUUCCACUCUGCCGCAACACUAAACUACCUACGCGCAUCGUUGACUUCUGGAAUCGCCGAUCUGCGUACCCCUCUCGACUGGGGCUUGGGUCAUAUCAUCACGCCUUCAAUAAAACAAAAAUACACCAAAAUCGUCAACGCGGUGACCGACGCGCUGCGCUUCAUGCACACCAUCGGCGGCCUGGAUCAAGACCGCGGCGUACAGACGGCCGAGAUAUUCACGAGCCAUGAAGGUCUCUCGCUCGAAUACGAACAGAGCUUCACCCGUCUUCUGCGCCACCCUCCCGGCGCUCUGCCCUCCUUGCCAGAGCAGCACCAAAAGGAGCAGGCAUUACAUCGGCGAGGAUCCUCUGCCCCGACACCAAAGGGAUACUACGACACAUCCGCGCAUUUCCUCUGGAUCGGCGACCGAACCCGACAAGUCAACGGCGCACACGUCGAAUUCUUCCGCGGCCUCAGCAACCCCAUCGGCAUAAAAAUCGGACCUAGCAUGACCAACACGGAGCUCGUCGAGCUACUAGACACAGUCAACCCAGCAAAAGAAAUCGGCAAAGUAAUCCUAAUCUCACGGUACGGCGCAGACAAAAUCGCAGAUUUCCUACCGGGUCAUAUUGGCGCGGUGCAGGCGUCGGGUCAUGUACCCGUAUGGCAGUGCGAUCCGAUGCAUGGCAACACGCAAUCAACCCCCUCAGGCGUGAAGACACGGCAUUUCACUAAUAUCCUAUCCGAACUCAAACAAGCGCUGGAAAUCCAUCGAGCGGCGGGCAGUUUUCUGGGCGGGAUGCAUUUGGAGCUCACUGGUGAAGCGGUUACGGAAUGUGUGGGCGGCGCUGCAGGGUUAACUGAGGAAGGGCUUUCAGAGCGCUAUGAGACUUUUUGUGAUCCGAGGCUGAAUGAGAAGCAGGCUUUGGAGUUGGCGUUUUUGGUUGCUGGGUUUUAUAGGGAGGAGGAAGAGGAAGAGACGAUUGAUCCUGAUAUCAUUUGA